AUGCCUGUUCCAUGGGAAGCUCUCAUUCCUUUCGGCCUUCUCACCACCAUGUUUGGCGCCGCCGGAACAUUGCUGAACGUCUCUAAGCGUGCACAGAACCUGGGCAAGGCCCCCCGAUAUCACAUCGAUUCUUGGGAAGAAAUGAUGAUGGAGAGGGACAAGCGGUUGACAGGGCAUGUGCGAGGGCAGAAGUCUGAUACAGUUGCGCCAGAAGGGUUCGAAACAAGUAGCGUAUGGUACACUCAGAAAGCGCAAUAG